UUCACAGAACCUAAGACAAUAGCCUGUCUCCAUACGUUCUGCCUCAAAUGUUUGGAAAAACACGCUCAAACGAGCUCUCGAGAUGGGAAAUUUCGCUGCCCCGAGUGUCAGGCAGAAGUCGCAGUCCCAGAAGGACUUAGCUUUGACAAAUUUCCCACUGGUUUCCUCCAGAAUAGUUUACUUGGUCUUCUCACCGUGCAGCAGAGCGGCGAUGGACGCGAGAUUAGUUGCAGCAGCUGCCAAAAAAAGAGCGCGGAGACAAGUUUUUGCUUUGAGUGUGGCCGAUUUAUGUGUCCGGACUGCGUCAACGCGCACGAACUUCUACGAAAUGUCGCGUUUGACGGACACAAAGUCAGACCGAUAAGAAACUUCAAGACCGACGACUACGAGGCCUUGUUAAGACGAAAAUCGUUUUGCCACGAACCGUACCACGAGCGAGAAGUGACGAGGUUUUUCUGCCUCGCGUGCCAGUCGUGUGUGUGUCAGGUAUGCGUGAUCACUGAUCACAGGGAUCAUCGAGUGGAACCCCUCGACAAGACAGCAGAUGCUGAAAAAGGGAAAAUCAUGACUGUUGUAGAUUUGAUGAAACAGAAAAGUCAAGUUUGUCGUGAUGUGAUUCGACAGUUUGAGCAAACAGUUAUUGAUCUGGAAAGGAACGUGACCGCUGCAAAACGUGAAGUUUCCCACGCGGCAGAACAGAUGAUUGCGAAGAUAAGAGAACGCGAACGCGAUGCCAUCACUGCCCUCGAAGACACGCGCGUGUUCAGAACGGAGAAAUUAAACUCGGUGAAGACCGAAGUGCAGUCAUUGGCCAAGCAAAUUAAUCAUGCAGUAGAAUUUGCUGACAAUCUGGUACAAAGAAGCUCAAGUUCAGUUAUCAUGGAAAACAAGCCAUAUUUACAACAACGAUUUGCAGAUCUCAACAAGACUCAAGUUCCAUCAGUUCAAGUUAGUCCAUAUGUGAAGUUUGUUCCCACCUGUACGCCUGAGAAUUUAACCCUGGGUAUCAUCGAACCAAUUGUACAUGGGCUGACUCAAGACUUCCAGGCUGGUCUAGAGUCAUCAAUUGUUAUAUGCCCAAAAGUGAAUAUUGACGUUCAAGAUAAAGAUAAAAAAUUCCAAGCGGAAGUGAUCGUAGAACCCGCUGAGCUAGUGGGAAGUUUGAUGACCCGUGGAUGCGAAGAUGGAACAAGGUUUGUGGUCAGGUUUACGCCCAAAGUAUCGGGCGUUUACAACGUCAGCGUCAAGAUAAAUGGAAAAGUGCUGCCAGACAGCCCUUUUACAGUCCCUGUUAGGGAUAGAAAGUUCCAUAUGCUGGGAGAAUUCGAUUUAAAACAACUCGAGGACCUUCAAGGGCCAUUUCGAAUCGCUGUGAGCAGGGACGGGCUUGUUGCUGUGGCUGACUUUGAUGGGCACUGUAUCCUGGUCUUUGACAAUAAAGGACAGUUCUUGCGAAAAUUUGGCCGUAAAGGGAAGAAUCGCGGUGAGCUUCAUGCUCCAGCUGGCGUGACAUUUUUCAACGACGACAAAAUCCUUGUGACAGAUUACCUCAAUCACCGCGUCCAACUUUUCAAUGUGUAUACAGGGUCCUGCGAGUUAAGUUUUGGAAGGUACGGCAAAGAAAUAGGCGAUUUGCAUAACCCAGAAAGCGUUUGUGUGGAUGACGAGGGUCGGGUGGCUAUAGCUGACUGCUUCAACAAUCGAAUGCAGGUAUUUACAGUGGAUGGUGAGCCCCUGUUUAUAUUCGGUGACCGCGGCUCAGGAAAACUCAACCGUCCAAGUGGUUGUGUCUUCCACAACAAAAGAUUUAUUGUAUCAGAUACAUGGAACCAUUGCUUAAAAAUCUUCGACCAUUCAGGGAAAUUUCUGGGUAGAAUUGGAGAGCAGGGACAAGGGGUUGGUCACUUCAACUGGCCCCAAGGAUUAUGCCUCGAUAAACAGGGAAAUCAUUACAAUAUCCUUGUUUGUGACAGUGGUAAUGGGCGGAUUGUGCAGUUAACAAUGGACGGCUUUUUCACGGGAAAAACUGCCACCAAGCUUCAAGAUCCCAUUGCAAUAGCUAGAACACCGGAUGGCCCGGUUUUAGUUUCUGAUUACGAAUCAAAAAAGAUAUAUAUCCUAAAGUAA